GUCUUGCUCCUUUGGUCUAUUUGUCAGAUGAAUGCCAUAAUUUAUUGGCAAUAAAGUUUUGGGCCGAUCUUAAUGAGGACAUUAUUAAAGCUCACACAUUAAUUGCUGCAAGCAACCUCCAGUGGCGACCAGAAGCCAAAUCAGGAAUUCCUAUUUUAUUUGCUGGAGAUUUUUCCAGGUUUUCUGCCAGUCCAAAGGAGGGCCAUUUUCAAGAGCUAUUCCACAAAAUGAAAAAUACUAUCGAGAAUAUUGGUAUGUUUUGCAAUGAUGCAGAAAACAAACUUAUGCAUAUACUUAAUGCAAACGGUCCCAAGUUGUCCACCCCGACUAAAGACUAUGCUUCAGAGCCACACACUGCUCAAACAGUCCUUGGCAUGGGAAAUAAAUUUCUGAUGUCUUCUCCCAGUAGUGAGAUGAAUUACCAGAGUCCUUUAUCACUUCGUAAGCCAAAAGAGAAGUCUGUUUCCACACCUGGAUCAGCCCAAAUGAUUUCAAAGCCUUAUUGUAAAGGGGAGAAAGAGAUGGAUGACCCAAAAAGCUGCAAGAAGAGAAAAGCUUUGGAUUUUUUGAGUAGACUGCCUUUACCUCCGCCUGUCAGUCCCAUUUGUACAUUUGUUUCUCCAGCUGCACAGAAGGCCUUUCAGCCACCACGGGCUUGCGGCACCAAAUACGAAACACCUAUAAAGAAGAAAGAGUUGAAUUCUCCUCAGAUGACUCCACUUAAAUUUAAUGACCUUUCCCUUUUGGAAAGUGAUUCAAUAGCAGACGAAGAACUCGCAUUGAUAAACACUCAAGCCCUUUUGUCGGGUCUGGCAGGAGAAAAUCAACUUAUGUCUCUCGGUGACUCCCCUAAGACUGCUCCCGAGAGCUCAAAAGAUUAUCUGAGGCAGAAAAGGCAUUCUGCUGCAUCUGGGGUCACAGGAUACGGGAGCCCCCAGGCCCGCACCGAAGAGUGGGAGACCGAUGUGCAGGACGCAAGUACAGUGAAAAGGGCAUCUAUGAGACUGCAAAGGCGACAGAAACAAAAAUGA